UGAGCAAGGAGUUAGGUGCCAGUGUUGGUUACAACUUUUACGACACCCUCUAUCUACAAAAGUUAGAAUGCAGAAGCAGCAGUCGGAGCCAAAAGCGCUCUUGUUCAACACCUUAAACAAGCACCUGAUGAAAGUCAAAGCCACGUUGAAGAAAUCUGUGGACAAAAACCAAGUGGCUAAAAAGCCCGUCAAACAUUUUGAGAGGGACCUGGAAGAGCAGGAGAAAUGGUCACACGCUUUGAGGACCGAAGGCAAUAACUUGUACAAGGAGCAGCUCUAUGAUUGUGCCCAGCACAAGUACACUUUGAGCCUUCUGGCUGCCGUCGAGUCAGCUACCAAAGCCAUGGCUUACGCUAACAGAUCGGCAGCUUUGUUCCGCUUGGGAUUCUUCGAAGACUGCCUCAAAGACAUCAGUCGGGCCUUAGCCCAUGAUUACCCAGAUAACUUGAAGUACAAACUCUACAUUCGUGAAGCAAAGUGUCUUUUCAUUAAUCCAGAAUUAGGAUCUUGGCAUGAGUGUCUUUUGAGGGCCCAAGAUGUCGUCAUUGAUAGAAAAAGUAAAAAGGAGGUUAGUGAGCUGCUGCAAAAUGGAUUCUUCAGCAAGAAAGAGAGACAUUUUGAACUUCAUAAGAACUUGAGACCCAACCUCACAUCAAAAGUUCCUCCUUUGAGCUAUGGAGUCAGCGACACUGUGCCUUGUUUGUCCAGCGCAGUUGCCAUUGCAUACAACGUGCAGCUGGGCAGACACUUGGUUGCCAAAAGAGAUUUGGAAAUAGGAGAUGUGGUCAUUGUUGAGGAAGCUUUUGUCAAAGCAAUCGACCCGUCCUGCACUAUUUCUUUCUGCUCGUACUGCUGUAAUAUCAUCCAAGCCAGCAUCCCCUGUGACCACUGCAAAAAUGUGCAAUACUGCAAUGAAGACUGCAAAGCCAAUGACUGGGAUGCCAUUCACAAGAUCUGCUGCUCUUUGGAACAGAAGCAGAUAAUUCCAGAUCUCCCUGGUAUCUUCGGAGGGCAGAAAUCCGAAGAAAUUGACCUGUUCCUCUUGGCCAAAAGGCUCAUCAUCAUGCUUAUUGCUAAACUUGGAGGAGAAAAGGAAAUCCUGAAGCAGCUCAAUACAGAAACCAAAUUAGAUUGGAAGAGGCCUUACAAGCACUUUGGUCGAGACGCUUCUCCUGUUGACAAUUUGAAGGCGCUGCUUUUGCAAGAGGACAACGUGGGCCAUUUGAACCAAGACUUCACCUCAUCUGUUACUGCGCCGGCUUUAGCUGUUGCCACGCGUUUUGCCAGCAGCUUUCAGCGACCCCAGGAAGUGGAGCAAUUUGCCUCGUUCGUCAUGAAGAUGAUUCUCCUUGUUGGUUUCAACUCGAAGAUGCUCCACUCCUGUGACUUUGAUGUCUUUGGCUCUGCAAAAUCGGUGGAGAAAGAUUUUGGAUUGGCGAUCUACCUGGCCAGCAGCUUCAUCAACCACUCUUGCAGCCCGAAUAUGAUCCGCGUCAGCUACGGAUCGACCGCUGUUUACAGAAUCAUCAAACCUGUUGCAAAGGGAGAGGAGCUCACAGAGUCGUACCACGUUGGCAUGCAGAUUCCCUCGGAGAGCCGCAAAAGAGUUUGUGUCAAUGAAUGUUGCUUCCACUGCCAGUGCCUGGCCUGCAGAAAUGAUUGGCCCUGGAUGCAUGAGAUGCCUGAACGCUUCAUUCUGGACGAGCUCUUGGACGUUUGCUUCAACGUUGGAGUAAAACGCUUCCCGAAGCUUUCUCUGAAUCUCUGCAUCCAGUUCGGUGUGCCUCCCGACUCUAAAAUGUUUGCCAGCAUUGCGCACAUUCAGAGUCUGAUGCAUGUGUCCAAGUACUACCCAGACAAACUCUACGAAGUUUUUGAGGAUUUGAUCAAAAUGCACCUGAAGGCACACGGAAAUGCGCGCUUCAACCGCAAUUCCAAGGAAUAUAUCAUUGGCAAGCAGUCUCUGGACCUGCUCGCAUUGAUCAAGGGGGCAGAAAUGAUGAAGAUCGACUGAAGAGUACAAGUGCACAAAAUGACAUUAAAAGUAUCUUAAUUCCUAAAUUAUACUCUUAAAUAAAUAAAUAUAUAAGUUGUGUUCAGAAAAGUUAGAGAGCCAAUGCCAAACGCUAUUUAUUUAAUUCUAUUAAGAAAAUAAAUUAUAUUCUUAUCUUUUUUUUCUCAAUGCAAACUUCCUUGGUUUUUUUUUUUUUUAAUUUAUGGUCAAGGGGUCUUCUAACAUUUGAUCUGCUGAGAAAUUGUGUCUCGAGUUUGCAGGAAAUAAAUUUAAGGUGAUUUAAAAGUCAUUAUAUUAAUCUUUCAAUUUAUGUCAAUUACAUUAUUGUAAAGGGGCAUACAAAUGUGAAUUCAGCUCAAAAUUGGGAACACGUAUUAUAUCUUUGAGAGUUUGCUCAAGAUAUGUGCGUGCAGUCAGGGGAAUUUCACACCCAAGUGCCACAGGUUGGGUCUUUUAUUUUAACUAAUACAAAUGGUAUACUUUACCCGGCGAUUCUUAAAAAAUUUGGUAAUAUUUCAAAUUAAAAUGAAAAUUGUUGAAAUUGAAGGAUACUGCAAGGAGUUUGUGCAAGACUUCAAGUCGAGGCAGAGUUAUAAAAAAUUUGUAAAUGAAAAAUUCCUAAUAUUGUAAUUUUUUGAAUUGCAAUAAAUG